AUGCCCACGACUGCUCGAGCCACCUUCGCCGCCGGCUGCUACUGGGGCACAGAGCACUUGUUUACAAAGAAAUUCAAGGAUGGGAUCGUUUCUCACAAGGUCGGCUUCAUGGGCGGCGUUGAGAGGGAAGGGUUGGGCUACUCUGACGUCACGAAGGGCAACACCGGCCACGCCGAGGUGCUCGACUUGGUGUACGACCCCGAUAAAGUGUCGUUCGAGGAUCUGCUCUCCUUCUUCUUCCGCAUGCACAACUCAACGACGCUGAACCGGCAGGGGGGCGACGUCGGCACUAACUACCGUAGUGCCAUCUUCUACUACAACGAUGAGCAAAAGACCGCAGCGGAGAACUACAUCGCCAGAUUGAACGGUAGCGAUGAGAAGCUUCACGCCGCCUUCACCAAGGCCUUUGGCGGGGGACCCUGCGUAACAACCCUCGAAAAAGCGGGUAUUUUCUACCCGGCGCACGAGGCACAUCAAAACUACAUCGAGAAGCACCCGAAUGGCUACUGCGCGCACCGCAUCUAUUUCUAA